AAAUGCAGCAAGUGUUGGAUAACCUUACGGAGCUGCCCUCAUCUACGGGAGCAGAAGAGAUAGACCUAAUUUUCCUCAAGGGGAUUAUGGAGAAUCCAAUCGUAAAAUCACUUGCUAAGGCUCAUGAGAGACUAGAAGAUUCAAAACUAGAAGCUGUCAGUGACAAUAACUUGGAAUUAGUCAAUGAAAUUCUUGAAGAUAUCACUCCUCUAAUCAGUGUGGAUGAGAAUGUGGCAGAACUGGUUGGUAUACUCAAAGAGCCCCACUUCCAGUCACUCUUGGAAGCCCAUGAUAUUGUGGCAUCAAAGUGUUAUGACUCACCUCCAUCAAGCCCGGAAAUGAAUAAUUCUGUUAACAAUCAGUUAUUACCAGUCGAUGCCAUCCGUAUUCUUGGUAUUCACAAAAGAGCGGGGGAGCCAUUGGGUGUAACCUUCAGGGUUGAAAACAAUGACCUGGUAAUCGCCCGAAUCCUUCAUGGAGGCAUGAUAGAUCGACAAGGUCUGCUCCACGUGGGAGAUAUCAUUAAAGAAGUCAAUGGCCACGAGGUUGGAAACAAUCCAAAGGAAUUACAAGAGUUACUGAAAAAUAUUAGUGGAAGUGUCACCCUAAAAAUCUUACCAAGCUAUAGAGAUUCCAUUAUUCCUCAACAGAGUGGCAUCAGUAUGGAGAGGCAUCCAGCCCACGUCCGUCAGGUAUUUGUGAAAUGUCAUUUUGAUUAUAAUCCAUACAACGAUAACCUGAUUCCCUGCAAAGAAGCAGGAUUGAAGUUUUCAAAAGGAGAAAUUCUUCAGAUUGUAAACAGAGAAGAUCCAAAUUGGUGGCAGGCUAGCCAUGUAAAAGAGGGAGGAAGCGCUGGUCUCAUUCCAAGCCAGUUCCUGGAAGAGAAGAGAAAGGCAUUUGUUAGAAGAGACUGGGACAAUUCAGGGCCUUUUUGUGGAACCCUAAGUAGCAAAAAAAAGAAAAAGAUGAUGUAUCUCACCACCAGAAAUGCAGAAUUUGACCGUCAUGAAAUCCAGAUCUACGAGGAGGUAGCCAGAAUGCCUCCCUUCCAGAGAAGGACAUUAGUAUUAAUAGGAGCUCAAGGUGUGGGACGAAGAAGCUUGAAAAACAGGUUCAUAGUAUUGAAUCCCACUAGAUUUGGAACCACGGUGCCAUUUACCUCAAGGAAACCACGGGAAGAUGAAAAAGAUGGCCAGGCAUACAAGUUCGUGUCGCGGUCUGAGAUGGAAGCAGAUAUUAAAGCUGGAAAGUACUUGGAACAUGGGGAAUAUGAAGGAAAUCUCUAUGGAACCAAGAUUAACUCUAUCCUUGAAGUUGUCCAAACUGGCCGAACUUGCAUUUUGGAUGUCAACCCACAAGCCCUGAAGGUGUUGAGGACAUCGGAGUUCAUGCCCUACGUUGUCUUCAUCGCUGCUCCGGAGCUGGAGACGUUGCGCGCCAUGCACAAAGCUGUGGUGGACGCUGGCAUUGCUACCAAGCUUUUGACGGACUCUGACUUGAAGAAAACAGUGGAUGAAAGUGCACGAAUUCAGAGAGCAUACAACCACUAUUUUGAUUUGAUCAUCGUAAACGACAAUCUAGACAAAGCCUUUGAGAAACUACAAACUGCCAUAGAGCACCUGAGGAUGGAGCCACAGUGGGUCCCCAUCAGCUGGGUGUACUGAUGAGUCAGUAAGGUUCACAAUUAAAACGCAGCUUUUAGAAAGUGACGACAGCAAAUAAACUUACUCCUGGGAAAACGCGUGCACGGAGAAGGUGUCUGCAAGGCCAGGCCUUUUUACCGUAGAUUGAAACGCCAGUACACUCUUCCGAAUUUUUAUAGACAGUGUGGCUGGGAAGGGGUACUAAUAUAUAAUUUAUCUUAAUUUUUCUAACUUUUUAUGGACAAUCUAUUCAUAUCACAUAAAAGAAAUGCGUUGAAGCAUUUUGUAUAUGU